AUGCCGCCCAGUAACCGGUCCCCAUCUAGGGGCAAAGUGACGAUCACAUUGUCCAAUCCUAAUGAGGAGAAGCAGGAGAAGGCGAAGGUCACGGUCACGUUGGACCAGCCGGAGAGGAUGGUGGAAAGAGUUGUAAAUCAGUUGGCUCGGAAGUUCCCGCCCGAGUCGGUGAUGACGAUUGAUGCACGUGGGCGGACGGAUUCGACGAGCAGCGUGGGAUCAACGACGUGCGACCUGUCGUCGACGGCGAAGCAGCCUCGGUUGUUGCGGGAGGAGGUGGACGACCUGACUGCCCGGACUUACCAAAGUUAUGUGAUAAGCGAUGGCUUAGACAUCGCAAUUCCAGUGGCCCCAUUCGACCGGGAGGUGAAGCUGGCAGACGGUAGUGUUUUGCCAGUGGAUCCGGCGGACGUGGUUACGUGUAGCUACGGGCCCUCGGGGUUCGUAAGCGAGUGUCGGCGUGGCUUCUGCCAGAGUGCGGCGGGUACAGGCGCUAGUACAGGGGGAGUGGAGGGUGAGCCGGAAGUGCCGAUUCCGCAGAAACCGGGGCUAGGCAAGUUUGCUCAGUCGGUGGUGGUAUCGUCGGAGCUACGGCAGGCGGUCCCCAUUUGCCCUGGUCAGACAAUCGUGCACCUGAAGGACGGUGACUUGUACAGAAUUUGCGCCGAAGACGUGCACACUAUCUUCUAUUCAGACAAAGGGCUGGCGCACUUUUCCUGUGCGCUAAGCACAGGCCGUGUGACCCCAGGUCUGCCCGACAAGCCGGCAGUGCCUGCGGCCAUCGUACCCAUGCGUGUGCUAGCGGAUGAGGCGCUACCCAUGGCCACAUCUUCGGCGGCCAAGGCCGUACAAGCAGCGGAAAAACGUGUGCAUGUCGCACUGUUCGACGAAACUGGAGUCGCAAUCUGCUUCCGAAAACCUGCCGGCGGACUCGUUCCAGGCGCCAUACCACAUGCAGGCGCCGCUACCGCACUCCGAUACGUCUACAUACCCGCUGCAAGGCAGCGCCGGAAACCAUGUCAAGUCGUCAAGAUGGCUGCGCACUGCGGCGCCGCCCUCUUGGCAGACCACUCUGUUCUCGACCCUUCGCUGCCGCAAGACAUCGACGUCGUUUUACUCAACAUACACGGCGAAGAAAUCGGCGCCUACGUCGCAGAUCGGCGCCCCAGUCUGGUAACAAAUGUGCGCGACUUUGUGCCGCCCCACAUCACACUCGAAACGACCGAAGACACACCACGCCAACAUGUACUCAGUGCGCGCCGCACUGAGGCCCAGGCCCAGUCGGAGGACCGGGAAGACGAAGAGGAGGACCCGGAAGAAGAGGAGGAAGAACACACCCGGCCGGGAACCGCCCGUCAGGGAACAGUUCGACAAGGAACAUCCCGACCGGGAACGGCCCUACCGGGCGUUAGGCCGCCCGGGGAGGUGCGGCCUUCGCGCAAGCGCAAUAAAGGUGGGGAGUACGUAGCCGGCGCGGCUGAAAGUCUGCUCGGAGCGAUUGCGCCUCAGGCCUCAGUCAAGGGGCUGCAACUGUUCCGUGAAGGCGGCCAUCGUGAAGGCGGUCAUCGCGAAGGCGGUCAUCGCGAAGGCGGGCAUCGCGAAGGAGGGCAUCGCGAAGGAGGAUUCCGUGAGGGGGGGAAGGGCGGUGCGUACACGAGUGGACACCGGCGAGGUGCGGCUCGUUGUUAUCGUCGAGAGGAGAGUGCCAGGAGCAGCGAAGAGAGCAGUGAGGAGAGCAGCCGGGAUGAUGAAGAGAUUUCGAGACGUCAGGCCUACUUCAAACCUGCGAACAUAGACUAUGCCAUCCCUUUGGCGCCUGGGCAGAGCCACGUGAAGUUGGUCAGCGGUGAUCGUAUCCGCGUCGAGGUGAACCGCACCUUCGUUGUAACCCAUGACCUGAAGGGGUUCCCGCUUUAUACCAUCUUUCCGGAUGGACGCAGGCAGUCCUGGGCGCUGGACCAACCAGGUGUAGGUAUCAAGGUGCAGGACUUUCUAGUCGACUCGGAGCUUUUGUACGCCGUCCCCAUUUCACCCACCCAAACCGAGGUAAUGCUCAAUGACGGAGGAAUGUUGGAUAUUCAGGAUGAAAAUGUGAUCACAGUUUAUUAUGACGGCUCUGGUCGGCCGGCCUUUUCGUACAUCGGGAAGAAACGCAAAAUUCGCCCGGGGCUGGCCGCGCAUCCCGGUAUUGCCUCGUCCGCCCAAUACGUGUGGCUUAUCGACUGCCAAGACGGCACGGAUGAACAAUACGUUGUGCCGGUUAAGGGCUUUCAGAAAAACGUCCAGGACCCUCACAAUCCGAAAAAGACCCUCAAAGUAAACCGCUCGCAGCUUACCGUACUGUUCUUUAACGAACAGAAACAACCACUGUACUCGCAGUUGGUUGAUGGCGCCCUUGUGAGCAACGGGCUGACGCCCGUAGACAUGAGUACUUCAGAUGAUGUAGGGAGCUACCGGCGCGUCUACAGAGAAAGCUGCAGCGAGGACCAGCACAGCGUGAUGAGUAUCAAGGGCAGAGGCGUGAAGGAAGGCUCACGGGACGGCGUGGGUGGUCGCGACGGCAGAGGCCGUCUGGUCAGUGGACGUGGAUCAUCAACCAUGGAUAGCUUGCGGACGCAGAGAAAAGAGGUCAUUGAAAGGCAGGUGCCCGUGCAGAAGAUCGAGUACAGAGACAAGAUCGUGGAGGUCCCAGAGGUGCACGUGGUAGAGAAGCACGUGGAGGUGGAGAAAGUGGAGUACACCACCAAAUACGUGAAGAAAAAGCAAAUCGUCGAACGGCCGGUGGAACAUGUCAAGUACGUGCCGAAAAUCGAAACCAAGAUCGUCGAGAGAAUAAUGGAAGUUCCGCAUAUCGUGGAAGUUGAAAGGAAAGAAAUAAUCGAACAAAAGGUCAACGUCGACAAUUUCAUCGACCUCAAGAAAGAGGUCGUUGUUGCAAGCACCAUUGUACCGGUAAUUAGGGACAUAGGAACAGAAGCUGAGGAAGAAAUAGAAUGCUUGCGACUAGAGCCUGAACUUGUUGCGGUCGACGUUUAUGUCCCGCGGCUUGUCCACGGCAAAUUACGAGGCCUCGGCUGUUCCAAAGAAGUCAGGAAGGAAGUCGAUGUUUCUCUCGGACACUACAAUUCCCUUGUCAUCAAACUCAACCCACAACUGGGAGAGAACUACGACCGGCUUCCCAUGGUCAAGACGACACAAGGUGCCUUCCCAAUGCUUAAUAGAGACGCCAAGGUCACCGUACACCAACCCACCGAUCAAGAGAUUCUCAAGUUCCUUCAAGCAACAGGCUUCAUACAGGAGCACACUAAUGACGACAGUCAAAUAAUACCCCCUCAAUGCUAG